GUUCUCUUGGAAAAAUUCCAGAUGUCCGAGGCAGAGCUGGAGUCCUUGAGGGAAAUCUCAGCUUCCGAGCGGCAGCGGUCCCAGACCUUUGUGGAGAAGCUGGAAAUGGAGCUAGCAGAGAGGAAGUUGGCUUGUCACCACCUGGAGGAGGAAGUCCAGCAACUCUCUCAGGCGCUGACCCAAGCGAGAGCUGCCGAGGACUCUCGCAAGGAGGAGAGUGAAGCCUCUGAGAAGAGACACCUGGAGGAACUGGAAGAGAAGGACCAGCAAAUAGCUGAGCUUCAAGGAGCAGAGAAGGACCUGCGUUCCAGCUAUGACGCCCUCCUCGCGGAGAACAACCAGCUGCAGCAGGGUUUGGAUCGGUUGAUGGAACGCUCUGCCGAGCAGGCGUCCGCACAGCAAGGGGAGCUUCCUGAGGGGGCCCGGGAGUUGGACCGUCCACAGGCUCAACCUGAAAUAUUUGCAGUCGGCACACUGGAGUUGGACUCUACACUGGAUAAGCCACUCACUGGACAGGACAACGGGCCCCCUCUGAAGGAGGAAAGCCAGCCAGAAGACAACCGGCUGAAGGUGGUGGUGGACAAGCUGGAAGCAGAGAAUGAGUCUCUGCAUGCCAAAGUUGCCUCGUUGGAAAAGCAGCUGGAAUUAGCGACGAGCACAGCAGAGUCAAGCCAG